UGGUUUCGUGGUGUAGUUAGUUAGGUUCCUUUGACAGUAGUUAAGAAUUCUGUGUACCAUCGUCAGUUAAUCAGGAGAUAGUAGUCAGUAUGUAGGUUAUAAAAUAUAGGCUGCCUCCAUAUAAAGGAUACUGACAAUAGUUGAAUAGAUAUUCCUAAUUGGGGUAGAAUUCUUCUUUAAUUAAUUCUUUGGUGUCUAUAAAGUAUCAAACAUGGCGGAUAGCAAAUAUCUCCGCCAUACGUACCAUCCUAACACUGAGAAUACCCCAGUGGGACAUGUGGAAAGUUCUCCUUUGGGGAGAUCCCUUGGAGUCGGUGCUUUCCAAGGAUUCGAUAGCUCGGAUACAAACGCGGAGCUUAAAACAAAUAAUGAAGUUGCGAUGAUGCUGAGACGAUCGGUAGUUUAUACAGGAAAUCGAAAUACAUUUACCGCUGACCUGUCGAACCAGAACACUGGAAAACCUAACCUACCCCUAUUGAGGGAAGAUGUCCUACCGGCUAACCGAAACCUUUAUAGACAGGAUCGACUUAGAGCAACUAUGCCUGCCGGAAAACUAACUGGGGAAUCAAAUCCUCCAUUUAGACCAGGGUUGUCAAGAAAUGAGAUUACUGAUAAACUGAGUGAUUCUGAUGAUGUGACGACCCAUAGAAGUAGUGACAACGAAAGUCAUCAUCAGAGGGAUGUGGACAGUAAUUAUAGGACAACAGGCACGGUUCCAUUCCAUACAAAAGAGAACAAACGGGCGACUAGGAAAGGGAAAAGAGGAAGAAAGAAACAAAGGCGAGAGGACGAGAAUGGAUACGAUGACGAAGCUAGUGUCUUUAGUCGAAAGAUACCGACACGAUGGAGCACAAGAGGGGUCGAGUUUGAUGCCAUGUCCGGGAAACAACACCUAAGCUACUCCAACUGGUGGCAUGGAAGUUCGGACGAUUUCACGGACACACAAUCCUCAAGCGGCAGUACCAGUCUAGCAGGCGAUGAGAAUAAACAUCCUUGGUGGAAAAACAAAAAGAUGAUUGCUGCAGGCCUCUUUAUAGCCCUGGUAGCUAUGGCAAUGGUUUCCGUCAUAUUCGUCAGCCUUCGUGACACUCCUUUGAUUGAAAAGACACAGGACGUAAGUGUGGAAAUGGGUAUGACACUGGUCGAACCAUAUAAGGCAGAGUACAAUGACAGCAACUCGCCAGAAUUCCAAAACUUCCAAAAUGAUUUCUGUGAACAGGUACGGCAGACAUACACGGCAGCUGACAGCGUUUUCAAGGAGCAGUAUUCAGGCUGUAUAAUCACCGGACUGACGUAAGUCAUUGGUUAAAUAUACCGAAACCGAAAGUAAGUAAAAUGUCCAGUGUCGACUUUCCUAUACUGAUGUCUGGUGCCAUCGAACUACAUGUA